GUUGUCGUCAUAGAAUACCACUUGGUGGCUGGUGGCGAGGAACUAUUCCUUGAUACCGGUCUUCCCGCAUCGGUCAAAGCAGAGGAGUCACCUGAUUCUCAUCUGUUGGCGUCGAUGGUCCUUGAUGAUCACUCGCCAGCAUCAGACCGUUCCGGUCGUUCGGUAUCUCACCGAACCCGCAAUUCCGCCAUAUCCGAGUCCCCGGAUACAAACGGGCGAUGACGGAUGCCGUCGCGUAAGGUCGAUGUCUACUUCUGCUGGCGCUGACCAACGGCGACUCUCGCCGCUGGCAUCUUCACUCUGGACCCCUGAUAUGCCGGUCCGGUCAACAGCAUCACAGUCAUGCCCAAAUGUACCAUAUACUGCCACACGCGCGGACCCCGACUUCAGCCGUGGCUAUGAACGGCUAAAUCAACCCAUGCUCACCGCUGAUCAAAUGUCAUCGGACCUCCUCCUAUCGAAUUCUCCCCGGACUCAGAACUCAUCGAUACCCUUCUCUUGUGCACUUCGUCUGCCGAUUUUGACAGGAUUGUCGCUUUGGGCAGAGGGCAUGCAGCCCGCCACGGUGCCGGUGGAUGCUCUUUCCUCGCAAACACAGCCAGCGGACCUGAACGCUUCGGUUGUGGCGCUGCGUGUCAAGCUCCGUCUCCCUCCCAUAGAGGCUCCAUACUCUCCGGCUCUCCACGGCUUUCAAGGAUCGAUUACAUGUGACGCUCCACGUACCUCCAGUAUUAGGUGCUCCACAGCUGUUUUUGUCAGAAACCAGUGUGUCUCUCGGGAAAGUAGUUAUUGUUCCAUAAUAGCUGCGGAUGCCACCGGACCUGAAGAACUGGAUCACAUCAGCUUACUCUUACCCGACUCCCAGUUAAGCCGAAGUCGGUGGAUGGACCCAAAUAUGCAAGCAUGCAUCAUACAGAAAAUUGUGGUUGAUGAACAAGUCAUAGCAGUCAUUUACUACGAUCUCGACAGAAGGCAGUGUGAAAAUUUGCCCUCUGUGGAGCUCACCGGGUUCCAAAAAUACACCAGCCACGCGGACACCACUCAGGUGCCAACUACUAGUGGCGCUUUCAUACCAAACUAUACUUGUGCACCUGGGCACAGUAUACCUCGUACUAUCCAUGCCACUCCAACGUCUUUGUCUCAUGCACUCACUCCUAGUACGGAUUCUUCUCUCCGAGCUGUUCCAUUCCAUGGAUCGCCUUAUAUGAUGUCUUCAUGAACUUAACGAACUUGUUAUUUAAUUAUCACCGUACGCUUUUCGUUUGAACUUUUUUGUUGUAUCAAACUUGCGGCGGAAGCCAUUCACGGACCAUGUUGAUUCAAACGCACGAUCAGCUUUUAAUCUGCUUUGCUUAACUUUAAACAUGUAUCUUCCAUCAUCUGUUGCAUGCUAAUGUAGAUACCGUGUACGACU